AUGGCCGUCCCGUCCUCCUCCCCUCCCGACCGCGUCCCCCGCGGAACCGUCACCGCGGACCUCAACUUCUACGCACCGCCCGCCGACAAGACAGCCCGGCCGUUCAACUACGUCGAGCAGCCGCCGGCGGGGAUCCCGCAGCGCAACUACAGCGACGAGACGCACGCGACGCCCAUCCACGACAUCCGCGGCCACGAAUCCGCCUUCAGCCUCGACCAGGACGCCUUCCAGGUCAUCACGGGCGUCGCGCCGUCCGCAGAGUCGUCCUUUGCCGACGACGCGUCCAUCAGGGCCAAGUACUACCCCGAAGUAGAGCAGCUGCUGCUCAGGCACGUCCCCGGCUCCCGCAAGGUGCACCUGUUCGACCACACGAUCCGCCGCGCCGCCGACCCAGGCGCGCCCCGGACCCCCGUGACAAGGGUGCACAUCGACCAGACGGCCGCGUCCGUGGAGAAGCGCGUUCGGCGGUACUUUGCCGACGACGAGGCCGAGGCGCUGCUGCGCGGGCGCUACCGCCUCGUCAACGUGUGGCGGCCGCUCAACCGCGGGCCCGUCGAGUCCUUCCCGCUCUCGUUUGCGAGCACCUCGACGCUCGACGACGCCGACGUCGUGCCCAUCGAGCACCGCUACCCGGACGGCUACACGGGCGAGACGGCCGCCGUCAAGCACAACCCCCGCCAGAAGUGGUACUACCUCAGCGGCAUGACGGGCAGCGAGCGCCUGCUGCUCGAGUGUUUUGACAGCGCGUCGCUGGCCCCGGGGAGCCGCGUCGGCGGCCGCGUGCCGCACACGGCCUUUGUCGAUCCGCGCACGAGGCCGGACGCGGAGCCGAGGGAGAGCAUCGAGGUGAGGGCUCUGGUGUUUGGGCCGUGA